UCAUGACACAUGACAUAAUAUAACCUACAAAAAGUUUCCGCCAUAACCUUAAAUAUUGUUUGUUUUUAUGUCAGAAAUAAGUGUUUAACUUUGUUUUUAUAAUUAUGACUGAGAAUAAUGAUACGAAACCUAAAAUCGAAACUGAAUCAACAGAAAACACAGGUCUGAAGGAGGAAUAUGCCUAUUUAGAUCGAGGGGGAUUUUCAUCGGAGAAAUUUAAGAUUGAACUUCGGGGACUACCAAAAUUUUAUGGUAUCGCUGAACUAAAGAAAUUAAUGAAUCAAAAACUGGGCCUGAACACAAGUAAAAUUAAACGACCAAAAAAUGGAAGUCAUUGGCUGUUUGCAUGUUUCCAAAAUGAAGAAGAAAGGUCAAAAGCUAUAACAGCGCUUAAUGGAUUUUCAUGGAAAGGUAAAACACUUAUAGCUGAAGUUGCCAAGCCAGCACCAGACCCACUUGUGAGGAAGAGAAAGCUGGAGGAAGAGGGAACGGGUACUGAUAAGAAGAAAGGUGAUGAAAAUAAUAAAAGUCAGGAAGAAAGAUUGAAAGAUGCUACCAUACCUUAUUGGAAUGUACCAUAUGAGGAACAGUUGAAACUUAAAGAGAAGGAAAUAAGAAAUAUUCUUAUGAAAUAUGAUAAUGAAGUAUGGAAAAUAAAUAAAGAAAGACGGGACGAAAUAGAAGCAAAACGGAAACUUCACAAUGGAUUAAGUUUUGAUUUAAAACCUAUAGUACCAUCACCAGUUAUAGAGGGAUAUAGGAAUAAAUGUGAAUUCACUGUUGGCAUUGAUGAUGAAACUAAGAAGCCAACAGUUGGUUUUAGACUUGGCAGUUAUGUGACAGGAACAGUGGGAGUUGCUCCAAUACAAUCUUUAAAUCAUAUAUCAGACCAAACAAAAAAAGCUGUUUUGAUAUUCCAAGAGUUUGUGAGGAAGUCAAAUUUGGCGCCAUUUUCUCCCGCUGACUACUCGGGCUACUGGAGAUAUCUAACAGUAAGACAUUCCAAGUUCAAUGGAGAGAUCAUGCUGAUUAUUGCUCUACACCCACAGGCCUUAACCACAGAGGAAUUGGAAAAAUUGAAAGGAGAUUUAAAAGAACAUUUUAAUUCUGAAGAAUCUGCUGCAUGCGGGAUCAAGUCUAUAUAUUAUGAAUUAAUUAUAAAAAAACGUGUGGGUGAGGAUGGUUCUAAGCCAAUACAUCUGAUGGGUUCAACUCACAUCAUUGAUGUUAUCUUGGGAAGGCAAUUUAGGAUAUCACCGGAAGCAUUUUUUCAGGUGAAUACAGCAGGUGCGGAAAUAUUGUACCAAAAUGCGAUAGAUUUGAGUCAGACAACAAGUGAUUCUACUGUCAUUGAUAUAUGCUGUGGCACUGGAACUAUUGGCUUGUGUUUUGCAAAGCACUGCGGUCGCGUGCUGGGUGUGGAGCUGGUGUCGGAGGCGGUGCGGGACGCGCGCGCCAACGCGGAGCUGAACUGUCUCGACAACUGCGAGUUCUUUGCUGGACGUGCGGAGGACGCUCUGCCCUCCGUCAUGGCGCGCGCUGGCGGUGACCAGCUUGUCGCAGUCGUUGACCCACCGAGAGCAGGACUGCACAUGCGUGCUAUAACACAACUACGGAACACGAAGAAAGUGAAACGUCUGAUAUACAUAUCGUGCAGCCCGGCUUCGGCUGUUAAAAACUUUGUGGACUUAGCUCGUGCAUCAUCAAAGACGCUGCGAGGUGCCCCCUUCACACCAGUACGAGCAGUGCCCGUGGAUAUGUUCCCAUACACUAAACAUGUCGAGCUGGUCGUACUCUUUGAAAGAGAAAGUGAAGCUACUCUAAAAUCGCCAAGCGAAGAAGAUGUAAAUAUUACAAUGGAUGACAAUAAAGAGAUAAAUAGUAAAGAUGAACCAAACACGGAAGCAGAACUCGAUGUAAACAUGGUUCAGAAUGAAACAUGAAUAAUAUUAUAUUAUUAUACAAUUUUGUAACGAAUCAAUUGUUGGUAGCCUUACAUUAUUUUUUUAUAAUA